AUGGCUACCACUCAGAUUUCCAAAGAUGAGCUUGAUGAACUCAAAGAAGCCUUUGCAAAAGUUGAUCUCAACAGCAAUGGAUUUAUUUGUGACUAUGAACUUCAUGAGCUUUUCAAGGAAGCUAAUAUGCCAUUACCAGGAUAUAAAGUGAGAGAAAUUAUUCAAAAACUCAUGCUGGAUGGUGACAGAAAUAAAGAUGGGAAGAUAAGUUUUGACGAAUUUGUUUAUAUUUUCCAAGAGGUGAAAAGCAGUGAUAUUGCUAAAACUUUCCGCAAAGCCAUCAACCGGAAAGAAGGAAUUUGCGCUCUGGGAGGAACAUCAGAGCUCUCUAGCGAAGGAACACAGCAUUCCUACUCAGAGGAAGAAAAAUAUGCUUUUGUUAACUGGAUAAACAAAGCUUUGGAAAAUGAUCCUGAUUGCCGACAUGUUAUACCAAUGAACCCAAACACUGAUGACCUGUUCAAAGCUGUUGGUGACGGAAUUGUGCUUUGUAAAAUGAUCAACCUUUCAGUUCCUGAUACAAUUGAUGAAAGAGCUAUCAACAAGAAGAAACUUACACCUUUUAUCAUUCAGGAAAACUUGAACUUGGCACUGAACUCUGCUUCUGCCAUUGGGUGUCAUGUUGUGAACAUUGGUGCAGAGGAUUUGCGGGCUGGGAAACCUCAUCUAGUUUUGGGACUGCUUUGGCAAAUCAUUAAGAUUGGUUUGUUCGCUGACAUUGAAUUAAGCAGGAAUGAAGCCUUGGCUGCUUUACUUCGAGAUGGUGAGACUUUGGAGGAGCUUAUGAAAUUGUCUCCAGAAGAGCUUCUGCUGAGAUGGGCAAACUUUCAUUUGGAAAACUCAGGCUGGCAGAAAAUCAACAACUUUAGUGCUGACAUCAAGGAUUCCAAAGCCUAUUUCCAUCUUCUCAAUCAAAUUGCACCAAAAGGACAAAAGGAAGGUGAACCACGGAUAGAUAUUAACAUGUCAGGUUUCAACGAAACCGAUGAUUUGAAGAGAGCUGAGAGUAUGCUUCAACAAGCAGACAAAUUAGGUUGCAGACAGUUUGUUACCCCUGCUGAUGUUGUCAGUGGAAAUCCUAAACUGAACUUAGCCUUUGUGGCUAACCUGUUUAAUAAGUAUCCAGCACUAACUAAGCCAGAGAACCAGGAUAUUGACUGGACUCUAUUAGAAGGAGAAACUCGUGAAGAAAGAACCUUCCGUAACUGGAUGAACUCUCUUGGCGUUAAUCCCCAUGUAAACCAUCUCUACGCAGACCUGCAAGAUGCCCUGGUAAUCUUACAGUUGUAUGAGCGAAUUAAAGUUCCUGUUGACUGGAGUAAGGUUAAUAAACCUCCAUACCCGAAACUUGGAGCCAACAUGAAAAAGCUAGAAAACUGUAACUAUGCUGUUGAAUUAGGGAAGCAUCCUGCCAAAUUCUCUCUGGUUGGCAUUGGAGGGCAAGAUCUGAAUGAUGGGAACCAAACCUUGACUUUAGCUUUGGUCUGGCAGCUGAUGAGAAGAUAUACCCUCAAUGUCCUGGAAGAUCUUGGAGAUGGUCAGAAAGCUAAUGACGACAUCAUUGUAAGCUGGGUCAACAAAACAUUGCGUGAAGCUGGCAAAUCAACUUCCAUUCAGAGUUUUAAGGACAAGACAAUCAGCUCCAGUUUGGCAGUUGUGGAUUUAAUUGAUGCCAUCCAGCCAGGCUGCAUAAAUUAUGACCUUGUUAAGAGUGGCAAUCUAACAGAAGAUGACAAGCACAAUAAUGCCAAGUAUGCCGUGUCAAUGGCUAGAAGAAUUGGAGCCAGGGUGUACGCUCUUCCUGAAGACCUUGUGGAAGUAAAGCCCAAGAUGGUCAUGACCGUGUUUGCAUGCUUGAUGGGCAGAGGGAUGAAGAGAGUGUAA